CAAUGUUCAACGUUAUUCUGGAUCCAUCGUGACUUGAUUCUUCGUGGCCCACUACAUGCUCCAGUACUAGUCUGGAUUACCCCAGAAUUUAGAACAUGGACGGGAUCUAAAAUAAAGCUUCCCCGCAAAUCGCGUAGGCCUGGCCUAGGUUAUUAAUAACCAGGCACCUAAGAGGCAGGAAGGUGUUGCUGGUUAUAGUACUUCGUACAUGAUAUUCCUUAACCAGCUCCAAGAUGUUCUCUGCCAACUCUACUGUGGCCCUCAGUAGACACUCAGUCCUUCUCAAUACUCCACCAAGGGGAACAUGUUCGAGAAUCAUAAGUCUACGUUUACAUCGACACUCUAGAUGUAGCCAAGAAAGUCUCUCACGAUCGAGGGCUUUUCAUCAUUUCUCACCUAGAUUCGCAACAACCAAUUCUUCCAAUCUCAUCACAGAACAGGAACUCAGUCUCUUUUACGAUCUUAUUAAAGAUCCUCCCGCAUCUAAACCUCGAAUCCAAGAUGGCCAUUAUCAUGCUCUUGCGAGUAAAAGCCCUGACUUGAAUGAUACACAAAACGCGGAACAAUCUAAUAAUGACCGCCCCCGGAAUCCAUUUCAAAGAGCCCUGGAGGCACUGCAACGCAGGGAGACUCGACGGCUGCUCAUUCAUCUAGCACAGAUAGUUCAUAUGGACGAGGAAGAACUACAAGAAACGAUUGCUUAUUUACCUCGAACAACCUUCACUGAGUUUCUCCGCUCGUUGGAUCCUUUGUAUAUUGCUAUACAUGCUGAUCCAACCAAUCCCACUUAUGUACCCUUUGGAAUGUAUCAAACCCUAAACAUGGGAUCGAUUAUUGAUCCUUGGGGAGUUCGGGAGCUUUAUUCUCAAUUACUUGGACGUUUGAUGGUUCUCGUGUCCGCAUUGAAAGCUUCGGGUCGAGUUUUACUAGCGGAGGAGUAUAUUUAUCUAUUCAGGUGUGCUGGUGCCGCAUCUGAUCCCAAUGGCGCCAAAUGGCUGUGGGAUGAGAUGCCUCGCACUGAAGCUAAGGGAUGGAGACAGACCGAUAUAUUUACCGAAUUCAUAUGUGCUCGCUUCCUCACGAGACCCCUAUAUACCGGCUAUGAUAAAGUUAGGAGGAUGGUUUUGCCCCGGAAUCUUCAUAGAUCUCGACUUACACUGAACUGGUUUCGUGUUAAUCAAUUAGAUCGACUAAGAUUCAACCUUCGACGCCGUAAACUGUUCUUUGGACUCAACAAAACCAUCGAGCAUGCUGAAGAUACCAUGCGAAUGAUGAGGAAAAAAGGCGCGCCGACAAGACUGUUUAAUAGGAUAAUUACUGACGGUAUUCCAGUAAACGAGGCUCUGUUAUGUGCUUGCAUGAUUGGCUUUGCACGGGUCGGGUCACUGAGGUUCAUCAAUUCUAAAAUAUUAAGGGAUUACUUUGGGGUUCAGCUAGAUUUACCGACAUACGAUGACGAGUCAGCGGAUUACGAGGAUGUGGUAGAAAACAAGCAACACCUUGACCCUUCUUACCGUGUUCAGCCCACGAUACGUCUCAUGCAAGCUGCUGUGGAGACUUAUUGUUCCAAUGGAGAGAUUGCCACCGCCUUCAAGGUGGUUGACCAUUUGUCGCAAACAUACCGCAUACCGAUUCCCAUCAACAUGUGGCAGGACAUGCUGGAAUGGACGUAUAUCAUGAGUUCACCACCAGCGUCUACGGCGUGGAAAUACGCCGGGAUGCCUUCUAAAAUACCCAACAGCAACACGAUAGAACUAAUCUGGAAUGCUAUGAUAUCCCCCCCACAUAACAUACAGCCUGGCUUCGACCAAUACAAUAUUCUUAUCCGAAAUCUUCUAGGGCGAAAUGGAUUUGGCAAUUUUCUCCCGUACAUGAGGAUAGCCAUCGAGUUCUACGACGACCAGGUGAAAGAGUACCAAGCCGCCACGCUGGAGUAUGUGCAGAUGAAGCGUGACGGAGUACAGGUCCAGGAAAUCCUCCAUCGAUACGAGCAGGCCAAGCUCAGGAAGGAAAAGAUGUGGUACGACAUCUACACCUGGUGUCGCGGGUUCCUCGCGAACGUGCGCAGCUUCAGCCUCGAUAACCCCCUCGUGACCGUGGUCAUACCGAAUUUCGUCCGCGAAUUCCGCCGCUUCGUCCCGAAUCCAACGAGAUACAGGACUUCUACCGGAUACGCUUCCCUGGUCGAUCCCGCGCACGAGUACCCGAGGGUCUCGGUGAGCUACUAUCCGAUGUACGUACCGAUGUACGAGAACAUGCGGUGGGUGCAGCGCAGGGUGAGGGGCAGGAGGCUCGCCGUGCAGUCGAGUCACUCGCUGGGACAGCAGGGCAGUUCCCACGACACGAGGAAUAUUUUGGCACUUCUGAACUCGCCGUCUCCCGUGGCUAGGAGGCGGCUAGAGGCGAUGCUAAAUGAGCCGGAAGAUGGGCCGCAGAAUGUUGAUGUUGAUACUGAUGAGACAAAAGAUGGUUCAGAAGGUGUGGUUGAUUUUGAUGAUGACGACGACGAUGACUAUUAGGUUUAGUAGCAGCUGGCUUCUGACUACUAACUUAUAUAUUUUGGUAGAGGCAUGAGUGGUAACUACAUAGCACCUAAUAUAUAGGUACGUGUACAUGCCUAACCUUAGGUAUAUAUACACGACCCCCAAGCCUGUGAAUCUUUUAUGGCAAGGGGCGUAAAUCUACUGAACACAAUUUCUUGGUAAUAUGUUCUUGGUAUAGAUGCAAUAUGAUAUUCGUCACCAUUAACCCACAUCCCCUUUUGCUUCUAAACACCCGUUCAAAAGAACCUUAUCAUCACGUCUUCACCUUCUCCAACCUCAAAUCAUUCAUAUACAUGUACCGACUCAGCGCAAUCCACCCCCACCUAAACCAAACCAUCUGGCUCCGAUGCGCCUCCGUCAUCGCCCUCCUCCCCGCCCCGUAGCUCUCCCU